UGCAAGGAGCAUGUACAACAGUUGAAGAGGGAGAUGUCGAAGUUAAGCCACCGCAACUAUGGGUUGAUAGGCAAUUUAAUGGAGGCCAAGUAUAUGUACCGACGUAAACGAAUUCUUGAAAAUCCAGUGUCAAUAAACAACGUCGUGCAGGAAUAUCCUGCUCUUCAGUUAAUGUCAGAGAUCAAAGCUGAAUUUGCAAGAAUAUUAGGAAAGGAGAAAAUAGUUAGGAAUAUGACAGCUGCCUUUAACACCAUGGAGUCAAAUGUAUUUCGUCUUGCCAUGGCUAAGGGGGCUCUGAAAGACAGCAACAUUAAGAACCACGUUGAGGAAUUUCCCAGCAGAAAAUCAG